AUGGAAAACGACGCUGGACAAUUGGUUGACCUUUACGUCCCCCGCAAGUGCUCUGCCACUAACCGUAUCAUCCAAGCUAAGGAUCACGCUUCCGUUCAACUUAACGUUUGCGCUGUUGACGCUGAAGGUCGCCAAAUCCCUGGCGAGAAGACCACCUACGCCAUCUCCGGUUUCGUUCGUUCCAAGGGCGAGUCCGACGACUGCAUUAACCGUCUCACCACUCAAGAUGGUCUUUUGGAUGGUGUCUGGUCUUACCAACGUUAA